ACCUUGAGAAUAAAUCAAAACACAAUUAGAUGUUUUUUGUACGUAGCCAGUGAAUUUUCUACAAUGAAAUUAAUUUAUUUAGUGUUAUUAUUAUGUCAAGUGUGUUAUAUACAAAGUGGAACAGUUUAUGGUGGGACAAAUAAUAUUAAAACGCGUGAACCACUAUUUGCAUGGCGUCAAAUAGAUUUUACGGACGAUAAUGAAUUAAACGAAGAAAAUAUUUAUUUUGAACCACCACCGAAUCAAAUUCGUAGCGCCAACUCGAACAACAAUGGGGGAGUUCAUGAUGAUUAUAUACAAUAUAAUAAUGUACCAAUGGGUGCAACACGAUGGCAAGGAAAAAUAUUUGUUACAUUACCACGACGACGAACAGGUGUACCAGCAACUUUAACGUAUAUUGUUGCUAAUAAGACACGGCGUAGUAAUAUUGAUGUACCAUUAAUACCGUAUCCAGAUUUGGAAGUUAAUCGUUUACGUACACGACCUGUAAAAGGGUUAACUAGCUUAGUUUCAGUUUACCGAACCACGGCUGAUGAAUGUGAUCGAUUAUGGAUGGUUGAUACAGGUUUACUUGAGUAUCCAGAUAAUCGUCAACAAGUUCAACAGCCUGCUAUUGUUGUUAUUGAUUUAAAUAGAAACCGUAUUAUACAUCGUUAUGAACUGCCUGAUAAUGUUCUUACAAAUUCAUCAACUUUAGCCAGUAUUGCUGUGGAUGUUCGUCCUGGAUCUUGUGAGGAUACAUUCGCAUAUAUACCUGACGUUAGUGGUAAUGCAAUUAUUGUUUACAAUUUAAGGGAAAGGCGUUCCUGGAAAUUUACCCACAAUUCUUUUCAUCAAGAUCCAAUUGGUGGUGAAUUUAAUUUAAAUGGUUUGGAAUUUGAAUGGGAUGAUGGUAUAUUUAGUAUAGCACUUGGACCAAUUGAUAGAUAUGGAUACCGUACAGCAUAUUAUCAUGCAAUGGCAAGCACCCAUCAGUUUAGUGUAUCGACGCGUGUUUUACGUAAUCAAACAAAUUCUGAACGUAGCUUUCAUGGAAAUGAUUUUGUUCAUUUAGGCGAUAAGGGCGAACGACAACAAACAUCAUCUUCAGUAUUUGAUCUGGACACAGGAGUACUAUUUUAUGAUUUGGUGAAUAACAACGCGUUAGGAUGCUGGAAUACAAGAAAACCUUUUAGUUCACAAAAUCAUGUUGUACUAUUUCAAGAUAACGAACGAUUUAUCUACCCAAGUGAUAUCACGGAUGAUAGAGAAGGUAAUAUAUGGGUUAUGACAAACACAAUGCCAUUUUUUAAUUACAGAAGCUUAAACCCUCAAGAAAUUAAUUUUCGAAUAUGGGCAUUUAAUGUCAGAGAAUUGGUAUCAAAUACAAAUUGUGCUUAAUAUAAAAUUAUAAUAAAUUUUUAAGUUUUUUAAA